AUGAGCACCAUGAAAUGCUUUAAGCCAGAAUGCAAGCAAGAAGUAGAAUAUGUAUGCAGAUGCACUUCUCCUGAGAUAUACUCCUGCAAAAAACACUUAGCAGAGCAUUGCAAAUCGACAAACAAAAUUCACUUUUCUGACGCUAUCGUUUUGACGCUUGUUGAAGGAUCGAAAAAAGCAGUUCUUGAGCUUCUUGAACAAGAAAAGGUUAUAAUAGGUGCCACAAAAACCCAAUUAAUAGCUACCGUUGGCGAAACUUUAUCAAAUAUAGGAAAUCGCUUUAAAGAGCUUCUUAAAGAGCUGGACUCUGGCUUAUCAAAAGUAGAGGAUUUCUACGAAAAUAUAAUUUCAGCAAAAAGAAUAACGAAAGUGGACCCAGUUUUAAGCUUGCUAGCUUUAGAUCCUGGUUCUGCUAUUGAAAAAAUUAAAGAAAUGAUACCAGAGAGAUCAAGUUCCAUCGAUUGUGCUAGAGAUUUUUGUGCCGUGAGUAACGAAAUUGAUAAGAUGCUACAAAAUUUCAAAAAGAAAGUACCUAAUGUUUCUCAAGAACCCAAAAAAUUCAAAAAAAUUCAAAAUACUCCACUCUCCAUAGAACCAAAUAGCAAGUCUCUAUAUCCUUGUGAAAAUCAUGCAAUUCCAGAUGACCCAAAUGAAGAUGCAACCCAAAAUGCAAUAGGAAUUACUUUAUGUGAGGAUAAAAGGUAUACUGAGGCAAUUCCAGCUUUCGAUAAGGCAAUAAAAAUUAACCCAAAUUGCGCAGUUUAUUACAUUAACAAAGGAGAUGCCCUAUUGGAACUAAAGAAACUAGGAGAAGCUAAAACCUGCUAUGAUUUAGCUACUAGGCUUAAUCAAGACCAAUACAAGGAUAAAUUAUACAAUGGCAUAGGAACUAUCUGCUAUAAAGAAAAGAAAUAUGAAGAAGCUCUAAAUCACUUUAACAAUGCAAUAACAAUAAAUCCGCACUGCUCACUUUAUUAUAGAAAUUUAGCAAACUCUCUAAAAGAGUUAAAUAGAACAGAUGAAGCGAAAGGCUGGUACCAUGAAGCCAUUAUUACUAAUCAAAACGAUGACGAAGCAUACUAUGAAUUAGGAAAUAUUUUAUAUUUAGAAAAGAAAUAUGAAGAAGCUCUUUCUAAUUAUACCAAUGCUAUUAGGAUCAACAAAAAUAAUGCUAACUAUUAUAAACAAAAAGGACACGUCCUGAAAGAGCUAAAUAGAGCAGCUGAAGCAAAGGACUGCUAUAAUAAUGCAAUAAGAAUAAACUCAAAUGAUGAUGAAGUAUAUAAUCGCCUAGGAAUUAUUUUGAAAGAUGAAAAAAAGCUUGAUGAAGCAUUAAAAACUUACGACAAUGCUAUUAGAAUUAAUCCAAAAUGAGAGUAUUAUAGAAACAAAGGAAAUGUUUAUGAAGAAUUGGGCAAGUUAGAAGAUGCUAAAGGAUGUUAUAAUACAGCUCUUGAAAAAAAUCAAUAUGACGAUUUUUCAUAUAAUGCUAUUGGAAAUAUCUUAAAAAGCUCUGGUCAAUAUGAUCAAGCAAUACUUUGAUAUGAUAGUGCUAUCACGUGUGACCCAACUUGCACUUUAUAUUAUAGAAAUAAAGGGAAUCUCCUAGCUUUAUUAAGAAGAAAAGAUGAGGCUUUUGAAUGUUUAUACAAAGCACUAGAAAUUGAUCCGCGUGCAGAUGCAGUGUGCAACGACAUAGGGAAUAUUUAUUAUAAUGACAAAAAAUAUAGAGAAGCUUUAGAAUAUUAUGAAUACUCUAUAAAUCUCAACCCAGAAAAUGCAGCUUAUUAUAGAAAUAAAGGAAAAGCUCUUGUUGAGUUAAAAAAUAGAGCAAAUGCUAUUGAAUGUUUUAACAGUGCCAUUGAAAUUAACCCAAAUUUUGAUACAGUUUACGAUGAAUUAGGGUUGAUUCAUAAAGAUAAUGAGAAUUAUCUAGAAGCUUUGAGAUGUUUUAGCAAAGCAAUUGAAAUAAAUCCCAGGUGUGCACUUUAUUACAGAGAUAAAGGAUAUACUAUGAAAUGUUUGGGGAAAAUAGAUGAUGCUAAAGCGUGCUUUAGAAAAGUUAUUGAAAUUGAUUCAAACGGUGAUGCAGCAUAUAAUGAAAUGGGAAAUAUAUUUUGAAAUGAAAAAAAUUUUAACGAGGCAUAUAAAUAUUACAGUUGAGCUGUAAAGAUAAAUCCAAAUUCUGCGCUUUAUUGAAGAAAUGCAGGAGAUACUUUAAAUAAGCUAAAUAGAUACAAUGAAUCAAAGGAGUGCAUAAAAAGAGCUAAAGCAUUGGAAAAAAGUUCUAAGACUUAG